AUGGUGAUGUUAUCAACGCAAACAUCCAAAGACACCGGAAAGUCCCCGAAAGGUCAUACCGCAAUGGACGAGAUACGACUGGAAUCUACACUUGGUCAUAAACAAGAGCUGCAGCGAAACUUUGGACUUUGGAGUCUGACAAGCUUGGGGAUUGUCAUUGCAAAUUCUUGGGCUUCAACGGGGGGUACAAUCGUCGCCGCGCUCCAGAAUGGCGGUCCGAUGGCCGUUCUAUACGGACUGAUUCUGGUCAGCAUAUUUUACACGACCAUCUCAGCUUCUCUGGCCGAGCUCGCCUCCUCUAUGCCUUCUGCUGGUGGAGUAUACUACUGGUCAUCAGUUUUGAGCCGGAGUCGAGGCCGCACAGUAGGGUUCUUCACUGGGUAUCUGAAUGCUUGUGCGUGGCUGCUAUCAGCAUCAUCGAUGAGUUCUAUGCUAGGGAAUGAGGGUGUGGCCAUGUAUCUGCUCAGAUAUCCGACUGUGAAGUGGCACUCCUGGCAGGUAGUUAUUGUCUUCCAGAUUGUCAAUUGGACGUGUUGUGCCAUUGUCUGUUUAGGAAAUCGGUUUAUACCUCUUAUCAACCGAAUCGCCCUUACUCUGUCAAUGUGUGGUCUUAUUACAACCGUGGUGGUUCUCACGGUGAUGCCGAAAAAGCAUGCCAGCAACGCCCAGGUGUGGGCUGAGUACCACAACAACACGGGCGGGUGGCCGGACGGAGUUUGCUUUAUGACUGGUCUGUUGAAUGCUGCAUUUGCAGUUGGAGUCCCCGAUUGCAUUAGCCAUUUAUCAGAAGAGGUUCCAAAACCCGAGAUCAAGGUCCCGCAAGGCAUAAUGUUGCAGAUGCUCACGGCCUUUGUCACAUCCUUUGUGUACCUAAUCGCCCUAUUCUACUCCAUCCAAGAUCUAGACGCCGUCUUUGCGAGCAACAUCGGCUUUUUCCCAACAGCCGAGAUCUACCGACAGGCGACGGGGUCUAAUAGUGGCGCUAUCGGUCUGAUCGCAGUUCUGUUUCUCGCAACAUUCCCGACUCUAAUUGGGACAUUCGUGACCGGUGGCCGAAUGUGGUGGAGUCUAGCACGCGACAACGCAACACCGUUUUCGAACUAUUUCGCCCAAGUGCAUCCGACACGGAACUGCCCCGUGCGUGCUACUGUUGCUAUGAGCGCGCUCGUUACUUGUCUAGGGUGUAUAUAUAUCGGCAGCACGACAGCAUUCCAAGCUCUGAUCUCAUCUUUUAUUGUAUUAAGUUCGCUGUCCUACUUCGGGGCCAUCUUGCCUCAUGUUUUGUCUGUUCGUGGAAAUAUAGUCCCAGGGCCAUUUUAUAUGGGACAGAAACUUGGGAUGGCAGUCAAUAUUGUUUCUUUGAUGUAUAUUUCCGUUACUGUUAUUUUUUUCUGUUUCCCCUUGGUGUUGCCGGCCACUGUUCAAAAUAUGAACUAUACCAGUGUGAUCGUUGCCGGCUUGAUGGUUCUCACUGCCUUUUGGUGGAUGUUUCGUGGCAGACGCCAAUACCAUGGCCCACAUUAUAGCUUUGAGGCUGCUGAGCGACUGGCUACUUUCCAAGAGGGCAAAGAGGGUCGUCGAUCUUUUAUUGAUCUUGUGGGUGUUUCGCCUGUUGGCAUGGAGCAUGGGAAUGUUUCUGGAUGA